UUCGUGCGCGAUGCGCUGUGGGCCCUGCCGUGGUGCUGCUCCACGGCAUUUGUGACGCGAUGCAACUGAUGCUGGCCAAACCAAACUGGAGCGUGGCGCGGAUCCUGGCGCUGGUGGCGUGCGAGCGCGCCGCUGCGGCUGUGACGUCAGGGGCUUGCGAGUUGCGGGCGCGAGGCCGGUUCCUGCAGCAGCAGCAGUGGCAGCAGCAACAGCAGCGGGCAGAGCGGAUUGCAACGUCAAGUGGUGUAGCGGAGAUGAAGGUCAAGGACGUGUGAGGCUUGGACAAGAAGUGAGUAUUGGCGGCUGCUGGCUGUCUUGACGGCCGCAUCAGCUGAAGCAUAUAGGCGGUCGUUAGAUGGUUGGAUGGCAGAAUGCGGUUACCAAUGCCAGGGCAAGUGUGAUUAGUAAGGAAAGCCUGGACAUCAACCUAUGAAACUCAAGCCGCAUGUCCUCCAUAUUGCAAGGAGUUGAGGAGCUAUUGCUGAGAGAUUAUGUUGCGCGUGAGUUGUUUAGCAAUCAACA